CCGGGGCCGCGGCCAUGGGCGCGGGGCUGGGGCUGGCCCUGGCCUCCAGCGCCUUCAUCGGUGCCAGCUUCGUCCUGAAGAAGAAGGGGCUGCUCCGGCUGCGCGGCCGCGCCAGGGCAGGGCAAGGAGGGCACGCGUACCUGCGAGAGUGGCUGUGGUGGGCAGGGCUGCUGUGCAUGGGAGUUGGAGAAGCUGCAAAUUUCGCUGCCUAUGCCUUUGCCCCUGCAACACUGGUAACUCCUCUGGGUGCUCUGAGUGUCCUUGUUAGUGCAGUUCUGUCUUCCAUCUUCCUGAAUGAGCAGCUGAAUGUUCACGGGAAGAUUGGCUGCAUCCUGAGCAUCCUGGGAUCCACUGUGAUGGUGAUCCAUGCUCCACAGGAAGAAGAGGUUUCUAGCCUGGAGUCAAUGGCAGAGAAGCUGAAAGAUCCAGGAUUCAUUGUAUUUGCUGUAUGUGUCCUGGUGAGCUCCCUUCUGCUCAUCUUUGUGGCUGGACCCCGUUAUGGACAGAGCAAUGUCCUGGUUUAUGUUUUGGUCUGCUCUGCCAUUGGCUCGCUGUCCGUAUCCUGCGUCAAAGGCCUGGGGAUUGCCCUGAAAGAACUGUUCUCUGGGAAGCCAGUCCUGCAGGAACCCCUGGGCUGGGUGCUCCUGGUGUGCCUGGUGAUCUGCAUCAGCAUCCAGAUCAACUAUCUGAACAAAGCCCUGGACAUUUUCAACACCUCUGUGGUCACACCCAUUUACUACGUGCUGUUCACCACAGCAGUCAUGACGUGCUCAGCCAUCCUCUUCAAGGAGUGGCAGCACAUGGUGCUGGACAACAUCAUCGGCUCCAUCAGCGGCUUCCUCACCAUCGUGUCCGGCAUCUUCCUCCUGCACGCCUUCAGGGACAUGCCCUUCACCCCCAGCCUCCUGCCCCUCUUCCUGCAGCCAGGCAGGGCAGACAGACAUCAGUCCUGUCAGCACCAGCCUCUGCUGCCCUCGGAGGACAAGGGAUCUCAGAGUGCAGAGGAGGAGGAGGAGGAGGAGGAAGAGGAGAAGUGAAAACAGGUGAGGAAGCAUCUGAACUGCUGGCUUCCUACUCCCACUGCUGAGGCUGAACAUGCUGCUACAAGAGCAGGAGCCUCCUGUGGCUACAGACAGGAGCGCUGGGAACUGCCCAGUUCCUGGCAUCUUGUGUAUCUUUGCUCUUCUUUUACAUAAAGAAUUAAUCUGCUCUUGUCAGGACUCAGACCUCGGCUGUGCAGAGAGGCCUGCAGCACUAACACAGUGCUAACCCUGACUCCGUGGCAGAUCACACAUCUGGGGAGGCUCACAGUGUUUUUUAAACCCAGAGUUAACAGUUACAGAAUGAUCUAACAUGGUGCUAAGGUUGCGCAGAGAGAAGACGGAUGUCUGGCUUUAGAGGUGACAUUCAGAUAGUAUUAAUGCAAAAAUUCCUCUGUCAAGUACUUGGUUUUGCUCACUCUGCUAGAAUUUAUUUACAGAUUCACAUCCAAAAACAGAAUACAGCCCAAACUGGGAAACUUCAGUGGUGCUGCCACACGCUGCUGUGGCUCUUACAGAGGGACCAACCUCUUUGUGUAACGUCUGCUGUGCAGGUUGAUGAAGCUUCCUGUACUCUAUUAAAAACUGAUCUGUUCAGUUA